AAUAAAAUAAAUAUAUAAAUUAAAAUAUAUUAUAACGACUGCAUAUUUAAUUUUUUCUUUAAAGAUCUGAUCGACAACGCAACCGUGAAGUACAUAAGUGUUCUCCGGUAGGUAGUCUGUGACAUCAAGCAUAACCUAUCAGAAGAAACGAUGUCUAAAAUAAGAAAAUAUAUAGAUAUUGGCGCGAAUUUAACAGAUGCCAUGUACAAUGGCAUUUAUAAUGGUACAAGAAAACAUGAUCCUGACUUGGAGCAUGUUUUGCAAAGGAGUUGGAUUGCUGGUUUGGAAAAACUUAUAAUAACUGGUGGUAAUUUAGACGAGAGUACAAAGGCUGUAGAACUGGCUAAGCAAGAUGACCGAUUGUAUAGUACAGUUGGUUGUCAUCCUACCAGAUGUUUAGAGUUUGAAGAAAAUCCUCAAAGUUACCUUGAACAACUGAAAUCGUUGAUUCUAUCCACAAAUUCAACAAAGAAAAAAAUUGUGGCAGUUGGUGAAUGUGGUUUGGAUUAUGAUAGAUUACAAUUUUGUCCAGCAGAUGUUCAAAAAAAGUAUUUUGAAUAUCAGUUAAAACUUAGUGAAGAUGUUAACUUACCGUUAUUUCUGCACUGCAGAAAUGCUGCUGAUGAUUUAUAUGAUAUACUCUCAAAAUUCUCCAAUUUGAAGGGCGUAGUACAUUCCUUUGAUGGUACAAUUGAACAUGCUCAAAAAUUUAUAGAAUUGGGAUUUUAUAUUGGACUUAAUGGAUGCUCACUGAAAACAGAAGAUAAUUUAAAAACAGUACAGGCUUUGCCAAAGGACAAAAUAUUAAUUGAAACUGAUUGUCCUUGGUGUGAAAUUCGACCAACUCAUGCAGGUCAUAAAUUUAUUACAAAGGAAAACCAAAGUAUACCUUCUGUUAAAAAGGAAAAAUGGAAAGCAGAUUCUAUGAUUAAAGGCAGAAAUGAACCAAAUAAUAUAAGGCAAGUCUUGGAUAUCAUUGCCGCCGUUAGAAAUGAAAAUCCUGACGAAUUAUGUGAUAUCAUAUAUAAUAAUACCAUUAACUUAUUUUUUUAAUAAACGUUUUUAUUUGCCAACCAAUAGCUUUUUUCUAAAACAAAAAAAAAACGAAACACAAGUUAAUCAAAAUUAUAUAUUGCAUAACAAAAAUGAGACUUUUAUACAAAUACAAAUAAAUUAAUAUAUAAAAAGAUGGUCAACAAAUUUAUAUAAUAAAUACAAUACAUGUGACAAUAAGUCUUCAUAAAUUGUUUUUUUUUUUUUGUUAAUU